UUAUUAUGAGCAGGAAGCCCUUCUGGUCUCCACAUUUCGGCCUGGCACACACAGUACAAGCUCUGUCUGAACUGCUGAAUAAACACAUCCAGCUCGCGUGCUCGGCUCCAAGCGCGCCCCCGCCCCGUGCAGCUGUUACCGCAGGAAACGCUUGUGUUCCUGUCCCGGAUUCACUAAGCGCCCAGCCUGGCAGACAAACCAACUCUAGCGCAAAUACCAGCGCUUCUUUUUCAUGUGCGGGUGGCACGGAGGUUUCUUGCUUCUAUCUCGGUCGGUCUCCGACUAGAGCUGUGGGGCGCGGUUGUGUAAGUACAAGAGGCGUGUCUGGAAUCCUUCCCUUGGGGGAUAGCGCGCUAUUAGAGGGAAUGAGCGCACACCAGCACUGACAGAAGAACAUGGAGCGUAUGGUUGGCAGGUCCAUAGAGGAACAAAGUAGCUCUACAAGAGGGUACCCGGAGGAACAGCGAAGAUGUGCAGAGACGUUGAAUGGCAAUAGUGUACAUGUCCCGGACACUGCACACAACACACAGGUACCUACGGAGCAAAACAGCACAGACCAAGAGCACAUCAAGGAUGACUAUAAAAAACUGGGAACCCUUUUUGGUGAACUGAAUAAAAUUCUACUUAGCGUUGGUUUUUCCCGAAUGUGCUUUGGUGAAAGGACUGUGGAACCAGUGCUUCUGUUAUUUUUUGGACUUAUGCUUUGGUUUCUUGGCAUUCAAGCUCUAGGACUGGUGUCUAUACUCUGCCUUGUUAUUAUUCAUAUACAGUAAUGGGACAGGACCUGUUGUUUGAGAAAUAGUGAAGUUCUUGUAUUUAUAAGCUGUCUUAAAAUAUUUGUUUCAAAUAUGAAGGCACAGAGCAUAAGACAAUAUGAUUUGUGCCAAAUUUUGCGUUGAUAAAUUAAAAACAUUUUUAAAAUAUCAA